CUGAGCCAACAUGGGGAACUUUGCAAGCCUUUUUAAAGGACUGUUUGGCAAGAAAGAGAUGAGGAUCCUGAUGGUUGGACUAGAUGCUGCUGGAAAGACUACCAUCUUGUACAAACUCAAACUGGGAGAAAUUGUUACCACCAUCCCUACCAUUGGGUUUAAUGUUGAGACGGUAGAAUUCAAGAACAUCAGCUUCACAGUUUGGGAUGUUGGUGGUCAGGACAAGAUCAGGCCCCUCUGGAGACAUUAUUUCCAAAACACGCAAGGCCUCAUCUUCGUAGUGGACAGUAACGACAGAGAGAGAAUUGCAGAAGCGAAGGAGGAGCUGAUGCGAAUGCUGGCUGAGGACGAGCUGAGGGACGCCGUGCUGCUUGUGUUUGCUAACAAACAGGACCUGCCGAACGCCAUGAACGCUGCUGAGAUCACAGAUAAACUGGGCCUGCACUCCCUCCGUCACCGUAACUGGUACAUCCAGGCCACGUGCGCUACCAGCGGGGACGGGCUCUACGAGGGUCUGGACUGGCUUUCAAACCAGCUAAAGAACGCAAAAUGAUUCAUGGGUCCACCUCCACCGUCAGCUCUGCGGUGUUUGUUUGGGAGUCGGCACUGGUCCUGGUCUCAGUCUUUCCUCGCCGUUUCUUUUCCUCUGAAUAAUUUGUCCAGUGCCGCUCUGCAUCCGUGUACUGUUUGUGCGUGUGUUGGGUAAGUGUGAGUGUUUGAAUGGGUCUGUGUGGAGCUAAGUGGGAGCAGCCCUGCUGUGCCUUGAACACAGUGCGCUCUGUCCACUCGUUCCUCCAGCAUCAGAGGCGCUGGUUUCCACGAAGCAUAAACCAACGCACCGUCCCGAGUGCUUUCUUCAAAGAAUGUUUAAGAGAAAACAAACCAAAUGACAAGAAAUGUUUUUUUUCAUUGUUAGGUACAUUUAAGCCUUUUGAUAUCAGUUUCCAACAGUCAGCUGUGGAACGUCAACCAUCCUGGAGCAGUCGGUGUUUCUUGAAUUAGUGCAGCUUUAUGAAAAAAUAAACCUCCAAAAAGCCGAUGAUGUUACAGACGUCAGUUUGCAGAGUCCUACUGGUCAUGGGUUCCACAUGUGGAGUUUGUUUUUCUUCUAGUGUUUAGGUCAAACGGUCCGGUGCGGUUGGAUGUGGUGAAGGCAAUAAAAGUUUCAGCGCAUGUUUACAUAUUUGGAGGAGUGAAUCUCUUGCAUGGUUUGUCGUUUCUGUCCUGGAGGCCUGUGUGGGCUUCAGCUUUUCAUUCCCAUGACGAGUUGCUCCCACUCGUGCUCUUUCUUUACUGGUAGACGCUUUUUCUCUUGUAAGUAGUUCCUUGGCUAAGGUCUGUCUUCUUAUUUGUUCUUAAUUUUUAUAUUACCAUUAUUCCACGUGUGACCUGGUUUACUUUAAUACGACUUGCCAGGUGUGCUGUCCUUCCUGAGUAAAAUGCUCUUGGGACCAAAUGGUUGGCUUUAGAAAUGUCUCGUUGUUUUCAGGUCAGUUCUGGAUUCAUUUGCAGAAGCUUUUGUAUCUUCGGUGGGUGCACACAUGCUUUCAGCUGCGUUGUUGGUGCUGUGAUAGAUUGCACUUUUUGAAUCGGAAGUGUUUCAGACACAUUUAACUUGUCAGGCUUUGUGCUUCAGGCUGGGUACGUCCUCCGUUUGGCAUAUCAUGCAAUUCAACCAUUUGUAUGACCGCAUCAGCUUGCACAACACUGACGUGUGUGAUGACGGCCGUUCCGUCGCUCUCCAUUUCUCGACACCAGCAGAUCAAAGAAUGUUGCUUGAGUUUAACCAGAAUAGUUUCCCCUCUCACACCUGUUCUUGCCCCGAAGGCUUCUGUGAUUUAAAAUAAAGCGUGAAGACGACUGCACAGUUAUUUUACAGUGACCUCAGCAGGGAGCGUUGAACCCCUUCUUUUCUACAACUGGACAUUUUCUUUGAAAGUUGCAACAGAACAACUGUUUUUUGUUUUUGUUUGUCCUCCUUUUACAGUAUUCCUUAAACAAAUGUUAAGUUUUUUAAGAACAAGCAGAGGCAAAAAAGUUUCAAAAAGUAAUACUGUAAAAGUGUUUGAAAUUGACUUAUUCUGUCGUCCUUCCGCCAGAUGUGAAGCUUUAGUUUGCAAAAUUCUGUGUACAAAUGACGUAUUUCUUUUUCUUCUUUUGCCUUUAAAACAAUUCAUCCUGUAACCUCUGAUAAAUGCACUAUAAUAA